GUGAAGUAGACAGGCAGCGUGUAAACCCUGUCCAACCGUCACAGUACAAGGAAAAGGUGGAGGCGGCGGUGGCGGCAGUGUUCAACUAUCUCACGGUGCUCAACACUCCCGACCGCAGCAACCCUCUCGUCACGCUCGAUGUCUCCUGCGAGCGCGACCAGCUGGCCGACGGUCCGUACCUCCUGACCGGCAAGUUCAUCUUCACCUCCGAACCCGACCUCCCGGUGCCUGCGCGGCGCUGCACGUUCCUGCCGGGGAAGCCCAUCCUAGUUGUUGUGGGCGACGUUUUGUGCACGCCCCUAUGCUCCGUGGACGCCGAAAGGUGUGACUGCUGCGACGGGUCCGGGGCGACCACGGACAAUACGACGGACGUGUGUCCGUUUGUGAACUCCGGAACGGAUUGCUCCAAUUGCUUGGACGUGGUCAACCUGGGCUAUUUGGACGUUUUGGACGACCCAAGCUCUACGGUCACUCUGACGGACCUUUCAACCGGGGUCGUCACCGUGAUCGAGUAUGCGUUUGUCGCUGUCGAAGGCCCCUACGCUCCGCUACCCCCCAAGAGCUACUUCAAGACGCUCAACACGCCCUUCAGCUACGGCCCCGACACCGUUUCCACCGGUCCCCGACUGCACGUCGGCCAAUUCGCCCUCAUCGAGCCGACCCUUCUUCGACCGGGGCGCUCCUAA